AUGUCAUACUAUUAUGCCCCCAAUAAUGUAAGAUUGUCAGUGAGUCCAUCAAGACGGGUCGUCAAAGGAAGCUCAGUGACUUUCAGCUGCAGCAGUGAUGCCAACCCACCAGUGGCACAGAGUGGAUACAGCCUGUUCAGGGACGGACAGUUUGUCAGUAAAGGACAAAGUCACACCAUCGCUAUCAUCCAGCCCAACCACAGCGGACGCUACUACUGUCAGGCCUGGAAUAAUAUCAGCCGGGGGGGCGCCAAAUGGAUAAACUCUGACGUGGUUAACCUUGAUGUCCAGUACCAUCCAAUGAACAUGACAGUUUCAAUGGAUCCAGCAAAUGUUAUGGAGGGCAGCAGUGUGAAUCUGACGUGCAGCAGUGUAGCUAACCCUGCAGCUGAUAGCUACACCUGGUACAAGAUAACAGAUUCUUCCAGCUCCAGCUCUUCUCCCAGCUCCAGCUCAGAGCUGCUGCAGGUGGGCUCAGGACAGGUGCUGUCUAUUCCCUCUGUGGAGGCGUCCCACACCGGACUCUACCUCUGCCAGGCCAGGAACCGUCAGGGGGAGAACAACGCCACAGAGGUGCUGCUGACAGUGGGAAAGGACAAUGUCAGCCUGUCUGUCCAAGUCCUGUCUGGCAUUGGAGUUGCCCUUUUUAUGACUUUUUUUCUCCUUCUCCUUCUCCUUUCCUUCUGGAUGAAGCAAAAGACUUGUGCAGAGAAGAAAACUCCAUUUGACUCGUCGUUUAGUGGAAGAGGCUCCACUUUUUCAUCCAGUGAAGAUCCAUCAAACAGUGUUUAUGUCAACAUCCACAGGUUCCCGUCAUCUCCUUCACCUGCUCCAGCUGCUCCGGACUUCACUCCUUCUUCACACAGUAACUCAAACAAAGAGCUUGAUGCCAACACUUCUCAUGAAGCCGAGGUCACCUACUCAACAGUGACCAUCAAACCCAGAAACCCCGGUCCUCCACGUCACAGGAAAAACAGCAAUGCACCACAGGACUCCAGGUCGGCAGCAGGAGAGAACGACAACUCUGUAAUCUACGCUACCAUCAAUAAAUCCAGCUGAGUCUGAGUUCAUUAUCAACAAGAGAACUAUGGUGCUGUAUUCUGUCAUGUGGCUUCUUUCUCUUAAGACAGUAAUGCAAGUUCAAAGAUGAGUUUUUUUAUGGGGUUUACAUUGCAAACUUGGUGAAUGUGCAAUAAUCUUGAAACAACUUUGCCUCCACAAGCAUCAAAGGGUUUAUUUGUUUAUUUAUGCUAUUUAUUACUGUUUUGCAAGUUUUUGUAGUAGUUUGUACAGUAAUACUUACUGAACAUCAAUGUAAAUAUUAGAUUUUACCUAAAAUAUUUUUGAUACACAAAAGGUAAAAUCCUGUUUUAAUGUAUUGUUUUCAGCAAUUAUAUAAAAGUUUCGGUCUUUAUUUCUUUUCAAUGUGUCUUGGUUACUGUAUACUACAAUA